GUUCAUAUUCCAAACAAAAAAAAUUCAAAGAAGAGAAGUUAAAGAAUGUUCUUUGCUCACAAUAGACUUCAGUUAAAAGUUGAUAAAAGAUAAUUAGAAAAUCAACUAUGGUUGAGAAUAAAACAAUACAACUAUUAUAGCCCACAGGUCAAAAAGGAUAUCUGUGGAAAUGUUUAGAAGUAAGGGAAAACUAGGAACUGGCACCACAGACAGGGAGGAUGGAGCUAGGUGUACCUUCUGGCAGAGGAGAGUCAGGGCAUGGGGAAGAUGGCCUCUCAUAGAUCCCCACACCCCCAACUCUUCAUCACUCUUGGCUGCACACCCUGUACUCCUUUGAGCCCAGCUGGUGGUAUGGGCUGUAGUCAAGGUCAUGAACAGAACUGACAACGGCUUCAAUUCCCCAGGAAUGGGCUCAUCAGUGUUCCUGGGAGUUCUGUCAAACCCUGGCAAUCCUUGCCUGCACUGUGCAAGGGCAAGCAAGGCAGGCACUGGGCCUCCAGGAAUGGGGAGCUUCCCUAGGAGCUCUCUGGUGGACCUCUUGGGAGCAGUCCUGGAGAUAUACAGGCUGCAGGCAGCCUCCAGGGCUGAGGCUGAGGACAGCCAUGUUGUGGAAGGUGCCCCUGCUUAUGGGACUCAUUGUGCUGGGGACCCAUAUCUGGACCAUUAAAAAGGAAUUUGUAGACAUUAGUAAGAAUCUGGAUUAUUUUGUGGCAUCCGUGGAGUUUGCUGUGGCUCAAUUCAAUGAUGACAACGCGGAAGAGAAUACAUACAGGUUGCUAGAGGUUGGAAGAGCCCAAAAAAAGACAUGGACAAUGAUAUUUUUAAUGGACUUGGAUAUGGGCCGUACAAUUUGUAAAAAGCAUGAUGAAGACACUGACAAUUGUCCUAUGCAAGAAGGCGCAGAAGAAAAAAAGGUGCGCUGUACUUUUCAUGUGGAUGCCCGGCCUUGGUUUUCCCAGUUUACUCUUCUGUACAGCACCUGUACAGCUAUUUAAUUGGACAUAUUUAAUAGACGUGGAGAUGGGUCGUACGAUUUGCAAAAAACAUGAUGAAGACAUUGACAAUUGCCCGUUACAAAAAGGCGCAGGAGAGAAAAAG